AUGGCUAAAAAGGGCGCAGCUGUUCAGCUUCAGCAAGAAGUCGGAACCGAGGAGGAAUGGGAGAGGUUAUUGGAGAGGGAGGGUUUAAUAGUUUGUGAUAUUUACUCUGACUGGUGCGGGCCUUGUUCAGCAAUGUCAGCUGUUUUGAAGAAGAUUAAGCUCGAGAUUGGGGGAGAUAUGCUGCAUUUAGCCAUGGCAAAAUCGGAUGAAAUAGAACCGUUAAAACGAUUCAGAACAAAAAGCGAACCAACGUGGAUGUUUCUAUCCAACGGCAAAAUAACAAACUUGAUGUUCGGCGCCGAUUCCCCCAGACUGCAGCGACUUAUACUGGCCGAACUGAAGAAAGAGGAAGCGUUUCGUCAAGGUCUCUCGGACCGCGAGGGUGUAGACGUGACCGAACGUUUCGGCGUUGAAAUCGAACGCUGGGAAGAGGAUCAAGGUAAGGAGUUGGCGAUGCAGGAAAGGGAAGAGGCCAAGAAGUUGAAGGAGGAAAUGGAGAGGAAGAAGAAGGAGAGCCAAAAUAUUUUGGAGAUGAUGGAUGCCGUUGGUUGCGUGUUGAUUUUCCCGCACGCCAAGGGAAAAUAUCAGGAGGUUCUGGGAGAUUUGAUAAACGAAGCUGGACUUAUGAUAAAGGAAAGGGAAAAGGUUACCAUAACCGAUCAAAUCCUCCAAGAACUGUAUUACUUUUGCGACGGCGUUCCAUUCCCUGAAAUAACAGUAGAGGAAAUGAAAGAGGAGGAAUGCAUAGUCCUACUUUUAAAACCGCAAGCUUCCAAAGAACUUGACAUCCCUAAAAUCGAUAAACCCCUUUUACAAAUUGUUUAUGGCCCUAUGGAGAAAGCUCCAGGGAGUCCUGGUUCACCAGCACAAAAACUGUACAAACUUGAGAACCCUCUGCCGUCAGCUGAAGUGGAAAUAACGGCACCCAGUGUGAUGGAGGUGGUAGCGGAUGUACCCCCGCCGCCACCGCCCGCCAAAAAAGAAGAAGACGAGGAUGAAGAAGAGGAGGGAUCGGAAGAACGGGAAGAAGGGUCGGAGGAGGAUGAGGGCAUAGGGCAAGAGAAAGAAGAGGAACCUGAAGAGGAACCGGAAAAAGAAGAGGAAGUUCCGGAGGAAGCGCCCCCACCACCGCCACCCCCGGAAGCCUUGGAGAUAGGCGAAAACGAUUUGAUGGGGGUUUGGGUGCCUCCCACCGAUAAAGUUCGCUCUACGUGCCUUAAGAUUUUCUUCUCGAAAUAUUGCCAAGAUUGUUUGAUUGCCCCGCCCCAACCAGAUCCCGAUCACGUCGCCGUUGUGUUCGAUCUGAUGACCAAAAAGGAGGAAGUUUUCAACGUUAUGCAGCAGUACCCCAAGGAAAUUAUGCGGUACGGUUUGUUCGACGAAGAGAACUUGGAGGAAACGAAGCUGAUAGCGAAGAGCUUCAAGAAACUGGAACUGCCAGGCGUCCAGAGAACAUUCAGCGAGAAGAUCGUCCUGCAGGUCUCCAAGAAGGUGAGCGCGUGCGUGUUCGAGUUCGCGCAGCUAGGCCCGCUUUACAUGUCGCCGAACGCGGACGAAGGCAAACGCGAGUGCCGAAAGGUGUUCGGAGAAGAUUACGACGAACCGGACAUCGAAGACAAACCCGAAGAACCGGAGGAAGUCGGCAAGAAGAAGAAGAAAAAGAAGAAGAAGGAAGUCGCGGAAGCCGAGGAAGAAGAAGAAGAAGACGACGGCGAAGCCAGCGUUUACGAUGAACCGGAUGACGCAGACGAAGGGGAAGACGAAGACGAAGAAGAUGAAGGUGGAUACGAAGAUGCUGAAGGAAGCGAGGAUGAAGAUGAAGACGAGGAGGAGGGUCAAGAUGCAAUCAGCUUCUUCGAAAUUGAUUACGGAGUUGUUGAUACAGCAAAUGCUGCUAUUGACGCUGCUGACGAACCAACUGCAGCUGAAACUGAAGAAGCACCUCCACCACCAGAAGUAGCACCGCCACCACCAGAAGUAGCACCACCACCUCCAGAAGCAGCACCACCCCCAGAAGCAGCACCACCCCCAGAGGCAGCACCACCUCCAGAAGCAGCACCACCUCCAGAAGAAGCGCCACCAGCUCCAGAGGUAGCUCCACCACCUCCAGAAGAAGCUCCACCACCUCCAGAAGAAGCUCCACCGCCUCCAGAAGAAGCUCCACCACCUCCAGAGGCAGCUCCUCCACCUCCAGAAGAAGCUCCAGCACCAGAAGCACCUCCACCUCCAGAAGCACAAGAAGAAGAGGAUGCAUAG